AUGACAGUCCCCGCCCCCACCCCCGAAAUAAAAAUCGGCGUCCUCGCCCUCCAAGGCGCAUUCAGCGAGCACAUCCAACUCCUCCGGCGCGCCAGCACCUCUCUCCCCUUCUCCGCCUUCACAUUCCACGAAAUCCGCACACCCGUCGAACUCACCCACUGCGACGCUUUGAUAAUCCCCGGCGGCGAAAGCACAGCAAUCAGCCUCGUAGCAGCGCGAAGCGGCCUGCUGGAGCCACUGCGCGAGUUCGUAAAGGUGCAGAGGAAACCCACAUGGGGCACCUGUGCGGGCUUGAUCCUGCUCUCCGAGUCGGCGAACCGCACGAAGAAGGGGGGCCAAGAACUUAUCGGCGGGCUGGACGUGCGCGUCAAUCGGAACCAUUUCGGGCGCCAGACGGAGAGCUUUCAAGCGGCGCUUCGACUCCCGUUUCUCGGGGAUGUCGAUCAGGAUCCGUUUCGAUGCGUGUUUAUCCGCGCGCCUGUUGUCGAGAAGAUACUGCCGCAUGAGGAGGGCGUGCAGGUUGCGGGCGAGGAUACGGUUGUUGCGCCGAGUAAGGCGCCGGCGGAGGGGGUGGCGAGCGGGGAGGUUGCAGGCGCGGUGGAGGUCAUGGCUAGGCUGCCUGGCAAGACGCAGACACCAGAGCAAGACGGUGGCGAGGGGAAUGUGAUUGCGGUUCGGCAGGGGAAUGUGUUUGGGUGCAGUUUUCACCCUGAGUUGACGGAGGAUGCGAGGAUACAUGCUUGGUGGCUGGACGAGGUGAGGCGGGCUGUGGAGCGGAGGAGGGAGUUUGUAAUUGCAGAUCGGACGGAGUAGCAUUGGGGUGGGAGGGACUUUGGAGUGGCAUCAGCGACGGCGUUUAUAGAGGAAGAUGGUAUUUUUGCUUGGGAGAGGUGGUAUACUCUGUUGUAGACUUUUCGAAUUCGGUGGAUAGACGGACCCGGAUACACUUCCACGCCACUUUCUAGAUUUAGAAAAAACGCCAGACGCCGUCCAUGUUGUGGUGUAGCAACCAUCCUUCUCAUACACGUCCACGUCCACCUACAUCUCAUCAUCCUUCUCCAUAAUGGCCCUCCCAUAGCCACCCCGACCGGG